AUGCAAACAACUUCAAUUUCUUUAAAAUGCCACCACCAACAACCACCACAAAUCCCCAUAACAGCCCUAAAUCUCCAAAAAAUUCCAGAGCCUUCAAAAACAACAAAAAUAGUAAUUGAAGAUUAUGACCCAACAACCUCUUACUCUCCCCCCUUAUACGACUCUUCCACCUCAAAUAGUUGCUCCCCAGAUUCGUCAGAAGAAGCCUCUACUUCCUAUUCUGAUGAAAAAGAAAAUAAUUUUUGUAAAAAUUGUUUUGAUAAAAAGGAGGAAAUUAGGGAAAAUAAAAAUUCUGAGACAACAGAAUGGGCAAUUAGACCUGAUGCGAAAUGGAAAGUUAGGUCGAUUGGGUUAUUAGCUGCGAUUUUACCUGGUAUUGCCUGUUAUUUAUGUCUGGCAUAUUCAUUUACAUUGCAAUAUGACCGUAUAGCUAAUUUUACAAUUCCCUCAACAAUGUGUCCGGGUCUUAAAAGUAUUUUUCCUCCCGUCAGUUAUAGUAUUGGUGUUUGGAAGCCACAAAAAUAUAUUUGGCUAAUGGUUUUAGCAAUGCAUUUACCUCCUCGUUUUUUCUAUGCCAUUGUCUAUAAAAAUCAUUAUUCCUUGGGUGACUCUAUUCACAGAACAAAACGUUGGUUUUGCGUGAUAGUUAAAUUGCACUAUUUUUUAUUGGUUAUUGAAGCGUUGGGACUAACUGCAGUUUCUGUGAUUGAUAUUGAAAGCAAUUUUAGUUGGUUUUUAUAUAUGAGAAUAUAA